UCAUCUCAGCUAAACCCACAGAGCGGAGAGACGCUGCGCAUUCCUGCUGUCCGCGGAUCAGGGGACACUUACAUACACACAGAUAAUUACACACAAACACAGACAUGGAUCUGUACAACCUGCGGCUGCCUUUACUAAUUUUCACAGCAAUAGUUUGCUGCUCCUGUAACACUCUUGUGCCUCCAAAUGUCAGUGGAGUGAAGGGGAAAUAUGUCACCUUCCCUCUGACUAUUCCACCUUCAGUGCAGGUCUCAGGGCUGUCCUGGUUUAAAGGGUCUUCUUCAAGUAAUAACAAUACUAUUUUUAAGUGGGCGAGUCAAAAGGAAACCAUCAUCCAGCCUCCCUACGCUGGUCGCAUUGUCUACAACCAGACCAGUUACGAACUCCAGCUCGGACCCUUGACUUCAGCAGACAGCGGAACCUAUUCCGUGGCUGUAGUGGACACUAACAUCAAUGUUGAGCUAGGACAAACUACACUGGAGGUGCUAGAUCCUGUGGCAGAAGUGACUAUUACCUCAAGUCUUAAUGAAGCUGUGGAAUUCAAUAGCACUGUAAUUCUGACCUGUUCUGCCAAAGGAUCUUUCCUAACUUACAAGUGGCUGAAUGGUUCAACCCCUGUGGUGGCAGACGGAAAACACUUGAUGGUGAAUGCUAGCCAGCUUUUCGUUGCUGGAGUGUUUCGCAAAGACUUGCAGGGCCCUAUCUACUGCACUGUUCAGAACCAGCUGGAAUCAUCAACAAGCCCAGCUUUCAGCAUGAAUGUCAGUUAUGGUCCAGAGAAUCUUGCUAUGAUGAAAGUGCCCGAUGCUGCAUUUCUGAAGAAAGACUCCAACCUGACACUGUCAUGCUCAGCCGUGUCGAGCCCUGCAGCUGAGCUCAAAUGGUUUUUCAAUGGUGCCGAGCUGCCCCAGAAAGGAACCACACUAGCCCUUACCAGCCUGGAGGAGAAACACAGCGGCAACUACAGCUGCGUGGCUUUCAACAGCAAGACCAUGCGCUAUGCUGCUUUACAGGCUGCCACAGUCCUCAUCAUUGAACCCAUCUCUGGCACCAACAUCACUGCCCCCACUUCACUGCUUAUUGCCGGCAACACCACAGUCAACCUCACCUGCAAAGCCAGCAAGGGAAAAGCAGACAGUGUGACCUGGCUUAAAGAUGACAAACCACUGAUGGACACCAACCGCAUCGUCUACACUUCCGACAAGACCACCCUCACCAUCAUCACUGUGCAGAAAGAGGACGCUGGAAAUUACAAAUGCCAGCUGACUAAUAAAAUGAACAGCGACUCCAGCAUCUACACAAUGGCCGUUAACUAUGGGCCAGAGAAAGCCUCCAUAACUGGACCGAGUAAAGUGGAGGUGGAAGACACUGUUGAACUGAAGUGUAUAGCCCCUUCUUUUCCUCCUUCCACAUACACCUGGAAGUUCAACGACACGCUCUUGGAAAUCACCACGGCCGAGUACAAGAUUGAGAAGCCUGUAUACAGUAACAGCGGCAUCUACACCUGUGAGGCACGCAACUCCGUCACUGGACUCACCCAGAAAGCCACUCAUAAUCUCAAAGUUAAGGGUGUGGGGGAACUGAAUGAUCAGUUGUCUGAUGGAGCUAUUGCAGGCAUUGUCAUAGCUGUUCUCCUGCUUGUGGCAAUCAUCAUUGCUGUCAUUAUUCACAAGAGACGGAAGACAGAAGAUAUUGCAUCACCAUAUUAACCCUCAGGGAGAUAUGAGAUGAAUCUGCUAGUCCAACUCUUCAGCCAUCUUGCCUUUUCUACCCACAAGACUGUUCCAUGAGGGCAGCUGGAAAAACUACCCUCAUGAGUGGAUCACACCUUCAGGGCUGGCCCUCUAUCUCUCUCUCUGCCGUGCAACCUUUCCACCUCAAACCGCCGAGGUCGUGUUCCGAUCUGGGAUUUCCCAUCUCCCCCACCCGCCAACCGUGAUGUCCCUGUCGCGGCCCAAGAAAACCCCCUGUUCUCAUCAGUACGCUGAUGACAUUAGGAGGGAAGGGGAUAUGGGUAAACUGCCCAGAGCAAAUACUACUGUCCCUCCAAACCCAGCUUCACAGUUUUGACCCCAUUGUCCCCUAUCUUUGGCUGAAGAGUACUCCUAACGAAAUCUGAUAUACCUUAAUCCCCCAUCCCCACCCCCAGCCCCUCACAAGCAACAGACUGUAACAGCAGAACAUCUAAAGAAGUCUCGACAGAAAAUGACAUCAAUUAUAGGUGUGCGUCUCAGUACCCCAUAGGCUUAGAAGACGCCAUAAAAAAAACUGAAAAUCUACGCCUGUGAGCGUCAAUGGACUCCAGAGCUGUGGGACUUGUUAUUGCCAAAGACGACAGAGAUGUCAGUUGUUCACAGCUUUACACGACCUUACAGCACCUGCAAGGAACUUAAUGCCACCUCUGCUAUGUAACCUCUCACCUCUCAGUCUCAGGACUUGUUUUUGUUUCCUUUUUUCUUCCAGUUUGUACCAGAGCUUCUACUGAUAGAUGUCAGGAGGCUCUAGAGCAAGUCUCAGCAUGAUUGUACAAAUAGGGAGAAAAAAAGUAAAGGAAAAAGGAUGAGACAUUUUUGUGGGCCAUGGAAUUCCACGGUUUUGUAGGCUAGCUGCUGCUGUGCUCUUCUGGGCGUCGCCCUCAAAGAUUUGCUGUAUUGUAAAGAGUUAAAACGGCUCCGACUUGAAGCUUAACGCAGCUUUAAAAGUCACCUUCACCCGAGCUGUCGGGCUGUUUAGAAGAAAUCCACUGAGUAUUUGUUUUUUGUUAGCGAAAUUGCUGGGAUUUUAAAUAGGUAUGUUUCUUUUUGGUGUUUUUUUAUGCACAAAGGUGAGACAGUUAUUUAGAUAAUUAGUAGUGUGUGUGUGUGUGUGUGCGUGUGUGCGCAGAAGUGUAAUUAUAUUGUCUUGAGACAUUCCAGGACAUUCCCUUUGCUCAUCUACACAAAAACAGACAUGCGUGCCCUUUGCUCUGACAAACACAUUCACACUUGUGACUUGUGACUAUGUGACGUUAUCAGCUUUAAAUCAAAACUUUAUCAUUUCUUGUACCCAAAUGUUUUGCUGUGCUUCUUCAGGGUCUGUCUUGAGGGGCGUGAUAUUGCCAUCUAGGGUUAGUGAGCUGAUGGUUAUCCCACAGUGGAUCUCACUGAAGUCCUGUGGUACUCCACCAUGGCUUGACUCUGUACAGAGUACAGAUACUUGUGGUCUUUACAAUAAAUUCCAUGCAUUGAGACUCCAUGCAAGAUCUUAUUCUAGGUAUUUUGUUAUUUGAUAUUAGAAUUUGGGUUGAAAUUUUUUAAAAAGUGACAUUGUCCUUCUAGAGGAGUAUUAAAAUGGUAUUAUGUACAUUAAACACUAAAGAAAGAUUAUUCAAAUAAAUUAAUAAGGCAUUUAUUUAUCUAUUAUGUUUGUUUCAUUUUUUUAGUUUGUGAAUGUCAACAACUCAAGUGCCUAUAUUGUAUAAAACCAAGGAGAUUUUUUUUUCUUAAUAAUGUUUAUAGUAGGUUAGAUGUUUGGAUGUAAAAAACAGGAUUACAUUUUUGUACUUUGUCAAAUUUAGUGUAUUAUUUGAUAUUGAAUUUAAUUAAAUCAGACCUGGGCCUUAAUGAAAGCA